AUGACCACGUCCCAAAGCUACGGGCUCACCUUGCCCAGCGGCUGCACCAUAGUGCACGGACAAGGUGCGAACAUCAAGCAUCCCUUCAGCGACAUCCCGGUGGAGAUGCACGAGCUGGACCCAGGUAGCAGACGCGCCUUUUCGGGGCAAUUUGGAUUUAUCGAGUUCUCGACCGACUUCAGGCUGCCUCGCCAUGUGCAUAUCGCUCCGCCCUCUACUUCUUCUUCGCCUUCACUGCCAGAAGAGCAAAAGUUCAUUGCCGAGCGCAUCGUCGUCCUGAACGGCGUCGCUCUCGUCGAGCUCAACGGUCAGAUCUACGUGAUCCCGCCCAAGAGCCUGGUGACCAUCGCCCCGGGCGUGCCGCAUACUUGGACGGCGUGUCCAGCGGGGGUAUCGGUGCCUGUCCUGCAGGGAACGACGACCGGCGAAGUCCUGUCCGAAGGGACAUUCCUCAUGCUCUACGAGUACGAAGAACCCACCGCGUUCUUCCCCACGAGACAGACCGAGACGCUCACGCGGGUGGAUGAGUAUGAGCGAUGCGAUGAUCUCGAGGCCAUCAGGAUCCCUAGGUUGAGCGCCGAUGAAGUCAGGCAGAGGUGCUGGUUCGUUUGGGAUAGGACCGUGAGUAAACUCGGUUGA